UAUUAACAUAAAUAAAAUGUCUAACAAAAAAACAAAAAAGGCUUUUGGCAGAAAAAAUUCUUUAACUUUUCAAUUGGUACACAGAUCGCAAAAAGAUCCGUUAGUAGCAGAUGUAACUGCACCACAAAGAGUAUUAGUACCAUUAAAAAAUUCAAAGGAAAAUCCUGAAAAUAAAAGAAAGUAUAGAGUUUAUUUUGAUAAUGAUUAUAAUUAUCUCACACAUUUAAAGGAUGUUAAUGUUUUUACAAAUCAAUGUGAAGAAGUUGAACAUUUAAAUAAUGAAAUUAGAAAUCCAUCAAUAACCAAUAAAUUUAAUAUUAAUUUACCUUCUUCUGUAUUUGAAUCUAAUGUUCAAGAAAAAAUAGGGCUUUUGAAUAAAGGAAUUCCAGUCGCAGGUCCACAAUUAGAUUUAGAUCCAGAUAUAGUUGCUGCUUUAGAUGAUGGAUUAGAGUUUGAUCCAGAUGAUGAAUUAGAAGAUAAUUUUGUUCAAUUAGCAAAUUUAGAAAAUCAUAUCAAUAAAUGUCAUGAAAAUGAUUUUGAAUCAAAUACAUAUAAUAAAGUAAAAGCAGAAAUAGAUCAUUUUAGUUUUGACCAAUAUAAAUUUCUAGAUGAAGAAACAAAAUCGUAUUUUACAGAAUAUUCUAUAAGUAGUAAUGUCAUUAGAAGAAAUAAAGAGCUUAAUUUUCUUGAUAAUAAAUUUGAACAGAUGUAUGUGAAUUAUGAUGAAAAUGAAAUUGGUGAUUUAGAUGGUGAUGAAAUUGAAGGAUAUUUAGAGUUAAAUUCUAUGGUUGUCCUACAAUGUGCUGAAAAGUAUGAAAAGUGUCAAAAAAAGAAUAUUGAAAAUAUUACAAAAUUAAUGCAAAAUCAAAUGAAAAUCUUUAAUAAUGAAUAUUUAAGUACAAAUGAAAAUGAAAUUUACUUUGAAAAAUUCAUUGCUAAUGUACAGGAAAAAAGUAAAUGGGAUUGUGAAAGUAUUAUAAGUUCAUAUAGUAAUACUUAUAAUAAUCCAAAAUUGAUUUCAGAACAAAAGAACUCGUACAAAAUGAAUCUGAACUGCAAAACCGGUAUUCCAAAAAAUGUUUUAAAUAAAGGAUAUAGAAAUGAAUUGGUGACUAGUCGUUUUGUUAAACAUCAAAUUGAACAAAAUAAUUCAAUAAAGAAUGAAUCAGAUUUUAAUAGAAAUGCAAUAACGUCUUCUGUAGAUGUUUUUAAUUUAAGACCAAAAAAUGAAACUUCAGAGCAAAGAAAAAAUAGAAAAAAUUCUAUUAAAAUUUAUAGAAAGCAAAGGAGAAAUGAACGUAAAGCAAAUCACCAAAUAUUUAAAAAAGAAAAAAAGCGACAAGAAAUGAUUAUAGUUAAUACAAAGAAUGAGGUUCAGGGAACUCGCAUUUUAUGAAUUACAUAAAUAUUAAAUGGUGUUUAAAACAAAUUUAUAGCAAAUUUUUAAUUAUA